AUGCUCUCAGUGGGGGAGAAUGGACUGGACCCCCGGGCUGCCAUCCCGGUCAUCAAGAAGAAGUUGGUGGGAUCAGUGAAGGCGUUGCAGAAACAGUACGUGUCCUCAGACACAGUGGUCACCAGCGAAGAUGGAGAUGCCAACACCAUGUGCAGUGCCCUGGAGGCCGUGUUUAUCCAUGGCCUGCAGGCCAAACACGUCCGAGCUGAGGCCGGAGGAAAGAGGAAGAAACGUACCCACCAGAAGCCCCUGCCUCAGCCUGUCUUCUGGCCCCUCCUGAAAGCCGUUACCCACAAACACAUAAUCUCAGAAUUGGAACACCUGGUCUUUGUCAACACGGAUGUGGGCCGCUGCCGAGCAUGGCUUCGACUGGCCCUCAAUGAUGGACUGAUGGAAUGCUACCUGAAAUUGCUCCUCCAGGAGCGGGCCUGGCUAUGCGAGUACUAUCAGCCCACAGCGCUGCUGCGAGAUGCCGAGGAGGGCGAGUUUCUCCUUAGCUUCCUGCAGGGACUCACAUCUCUGUCCUUCGAGCUCUCCUACAAGUCUGCCAUCUUAAAUGAGUGGACACUCACCCCAUUGGCCCUCUCUGGGCUUUGCCCACUCUCUGAGCUCGACCCUCUUACUACCUCUGGUGCAGAACUCCAGCGGAAGGAGUCUCUGGAUUCAAUAUCCCAUUCCUCAGGCUCAGAGGACAUCGAGGUCCAGCACUCAGGCCAUAAGAUCCGGCGGAACAGGAAGCUCACUGCCUCCUCCCUCAGCCUGGACACGGCCAGUUCAUCCCAGCUGUCCUGCAGCCUGAACUCUGAUAGCUGUCUCCUCCAGGACAAUAGCAGUAAGAGUCCAGACCGUUCUGAAGAGCCCAUGUCCUAUGACUCAGACCUGGAGACAACAAAUGCUGAGGAUUCUGACCGGUCUCUGCAAGAGGUGUUGUCGGAAUUCAGCAAAGCCCAGGUAAACUCUGUGCCAACCAACGGACCAAGCCGAGAAUCUGAGACUCCCGCACGCCAGGCCUCACUGUUGGGCCGCAGCCUCAACACCAGCACACACCUCCAGUUUGAUUUGCCUGCAGAGCCCCUUGCUGCCCAAGCCUCCUCUCGUACUCCAGAUGGUGACCACAAGCCAGAGCUGCCUGGCAUCCUGGGCUUGCCACAGCGGUGCACUGCCCUAAUUGUCCCAUCAGGGGACAUUUCAGACCGGAAGCCUUCUAGUCUUGUGAGAGAGAAGACUAGGGCAGUCUGCCCAGGAAGUGGUCCAGAGAAGCCCCUCAAGGGUGAUGGAACUGAAUGGAACCUUGCGGUGUCCUCUCCCACCAGCCCGAAAAGCAAGAGCUGGAUCUCAGAAGAUGAUUUCUACCGGCCUCCCCAGGAGCAACCCACAGAAAGUCUUUCAGAUCACAAUGUAGCUUCUUCCAAAGGUUCUCCAGAGUCAAGGCCUGCUCUCCACAAGCCUUUUUCUCAAGGAUCAAGAAAAAGCCAAUCCAUGGGGGCCUUAAACAAAGCUAGCGUGCCUUCCCCAGAAAGCAGAAAAAUCAAAGCUGCCCCCUCACAGGAUCAUAAGAACUUUUGGGUGGUGCACCGGAGACAGAUGGGGUUGUCCAACCCAUUCCGGGGCCUCCUGAAGCUGGGCACAGUGGAGCGGCGGGGAGCCAUGGGCAUCUGGAAAGAACUCUUCUGCGAGCUCUCCCCACUGGAGUUCCGCCUCUACUUGAGUGGUGAGGAGCGCACCUGUGUAGAGAACUGCUCCUUGCUGCGCUGUGAGUCUGUGGGGCCAGCCCACAGCGAUGGGCGCUUCGAGCUGCUGUUCUCUGGCAAGAAGCUGACCCUGCGGGCAUCCUCGCAGGAUGAAGCUGAGGACUGGCUGGACCGAGUGCGGGAAGCUCUGCAGAAAUGCCGGCCUCAGCACGAGGAUGAGUGGGUGAACAUCCAGUACCCAGACCAGGCCGAGGACCUCCCUGAAGCCCUCCAGGAGGGCCUCCCCUCCCACUUGGACCCCCUCUCGGAGCCUGAAGUCUUCCAGGGCACUCAAUUUGAUUGGUCAUCUGACCAAGUUCCAGAACCAGAUGCUAUUAAGGAAUCCCUUCUGUACCUGUACUUGGACAGGACCUGGGUGCCCUAUGUUUUUUCGCUGUCCUUGGAGUCUCUGAAAUGCUUCCGUGUGAAGAACAACGAGAAGAUGUUAAGUGACAGCCACGGGGUGGAGACCAUCCGAGACAUCCUGCCGGACACGAGCCUCGGGGGCCCAUCCUGCUUCAAAAUCAUUACUGCCAAGGCUGUCCUAAAGCUGCAGGCUGGGAAUGCUGAGGAGGCCGCCCUUUGGAGGGACCUGGUGCGCAAGGUCCUGACAUCCUACCUGGAGACGGCUGAGGAAGCAGUAACGCUCGGCGGGAGUCUAGACGAAAACUGUCAGGAGGUGCUGAAGUUUGCCACCAGGGAGAACGGAUUUCUGCUGCAGUACCUGGUGGCCAUCCCCACUGAGAAAGGUCUUGACUCCCAGGGCUGCUUCUGCGCAGGCUGCUCCCGGCAAAUCGGCUUCUCAUUUGUACGACCCAAACUCUGUGCCUUCUCUGGCCUCUAUUACUGUGACAUCUGCCACCAAGAUGAUGCCUCAGUGAUUCCAGCCAGGAUCAUCCACAACUGGGACCUCACCAAGCGCCCGAUCUGCCGGCAGGCCCUGAAGUUCCUGACACAGAUCCGGGCCCAGCCCCUCAUCAACCUGCAGCUGGUGAACGCCUCUCUGUACGAGCAUGUGGAGCGGAUGCACCUCAUUAGGAGGAGACGGGAGCAGCUGAAGCUUUUGGGGGACUACCUGGGCCUGUGCCGAAGUGGAGCCCUGAAGGAGCUAAGCAAAAGGCUCAACCACAGGAAUUAUCUCUUGGAGUUUCCCCACAAGUACAGUGUUGCUGACCUCCAACAGAUUGCCGAGAGUGCAUACGAAGGAUUCCUCAAGGCCUUGAUUGACUUUGCCUCCCAGCACGUCUAUCACUGCGAUUUGUGCACCCAACGGGGCUUCAUUUGCCAGAUCUGCCACCACAAUGACAUCAUCUUCCCCUUUGAGUUUGACACCACGGUCAGGUGUGCCGAGUGCAAGACUGUCCUUCACCAGAGCUGCCAGGCCGUGGUGAAGAAGGGCUGUCCCCGCUGUGCCCGCCGGCGCAAGUACCAAGAACAGAACAUUGUCACCUAA